AUGUCUGUUGCCACAAGAAACGUGAAAGCCAUCAUUCCGUUACUCGACCGAGUACUGGUUCAACGUCUCAAAGCUGAACAAAAAACAGCAUCAGGUAUUUUGAUACCAGAGAAAGCACUAGAGUCGUUAAAUGAGGGAAAAGUUAUCGCUGUUGGGAAAGGUGCUUUAGAUAAGGAAGGAAAGCAUAUUAAACCACAAGUAGAAGAAGGCGAUCGAGUCCUUCUUCCAUCUUAUGGUGGCAACACUAUCAAAGUUGGAGACGAGGAGUUCACUUUAUUCCGCGAUUCUGAAAUUAUGGCAAAGAUUACUGAAUGA